CUGUGGUUCGCACUCAUAUCUCCAUCAUACUCACACUCGCCAUUUCCAUCUAGUUCCCUUUCAUUUAUUUUCAUUCACAAGGUUACUGAGUACUGACGAGUGUUUGUUGAUAAAACGUGCAAUUUUUAUGUUUGAAAUUACCGCAGUUAUAAAUUAUUUUGUGUAAUUAGAUAUAGAAAGUGCACCGAGUGAAUAGAAGUGAUAAAAUGGUGAAGAUAUUAUUCUUGCACCCAGACCUGGGUAUCGGAGGAGCUGAGCGUUUGGUCGUGGAUGCUGCACUGGCAUUUAGGAAUAAAGGACAUCAAGUCUCUUUUUACACAAACCAUUACGAUCCUACGCAUUGCUUCUCAGAAACGAGAGAUGGGAGCUUUCCGGUGACGGUGGUUGGUGACUGGAUUCCACGUUCUAUUUUUGGUCGUUUCAAAGCGGCAUGUGCUUACGCGCGAAUGAUUUACGCGGCAGUCUAUUUAGCUUGGUAUGUAAUACCAGUUGAGGAACCCACCCUAAUUUUCUGCGAUUUGAUAUCUAUAUGCAUUCCAUUCUUGAAAAUGGCGAGAGGGCCUUUCAGAGUAGUAUUCUAUUGUCAUCAUCCAGAUAAACUGUUGACUGAAGAAGGAGGCUUACUGAAGAAACUUUACAGGACUCCAUUGAACUGGCUUGAAGAAUUGACAACUGCCAAGGCUGAUCAGGUUUUAGUAAAUAGUAAAUACACUGCUAGAGUAUAUAAAGAUGCAUUUAAGAAUAUAAAAGAAUUGCCAGAUAUUUGCUACCCUUCCAUCAACACAGAGUUCUUUAGAACAACAUCGCCCAAGCCUUUGAAAGAGGUUGUUCCUAUUGGAACUGACAAAUACAUUUUCCUCUCCAUAAAUAGAUAUGAGAGAAAAAAGAAUCUUCAAUUAGCUUUAAGAGCAUUUGAGAACUUAAAACAUAUAGUUCCUGAACCAGAUUGGAGCAGAGCACACUUAAUAAUGGCAGGUGGAUUUGACCCAAUUAACCUAGAAAAUAUGGAACAUUAUAUUGAAUUGACAGAUUUAGCAGCGGAGCUUGAUAUAGAAGAUAAAGUAACAUUUUUAAAAUCACCUAAAGACAUUGAAAAAGUGUCACUGCUAUACCAUUGUAAGGCUCUUGUAUACACUCCAUCGAAUGAGCACUUUGGUAUUGUGCCAUUAGAAGCCAUGUACUACUGCAAGCCUGUGAUUGCUGUUAACAGUGGCGGCCCCACCGAGACAGUAGUGCAUGAUGUCACUGGUUUCCUGUGUGAGCCCACCAGUGAGUCAGUUGCACAAGCCAUGAGCACAUUGAUGCUGACUCCUGACCUUGGUGAGAGGCUGGGAGAAGCGGGCAGAAAGAGAUUUGAAACAAAGUUUUCCUUUGAUGCCUUUACUGAACAAUUAGAUGGUAUCCUCACCAGAGAAAGGCAGAUUAUUUCUGAGGCUAGGGCUGUUGAUUAUGAACAGAAGAAACGUAAAUAACAGUCUGCCGACACUCAUACAGUGUGUGAUCUUGUAUGAGUGUUUAUAACCAAAGAACUUCAUGUAUCUAGGAAAAUCCAUACAUAGUAAAGUCUUGCUAUUGAUUUGUGUUAAAUAUUUUGUUUAAUUAUAUUUGGUGUAAUGAUCUUAAAACUUGUUUGAGUGUUGAUGAUACUUACUCUUUUGCUUUUUAAGUAUGUGCAAAUUUUGUAAUAAAAAUGCUAGUUAAAGUAGCUUCUUCUUACAUUAGCCAAAAUGUUCUAUUAAUAAAUAUAAAAUCCUGUACAAUGCUAGUUGUAUUAAAUACAAAAUGAGAAAAAAUAUUAAUGUUGUUAUCUUGGUUAGUAUAAUAAAUAGUAUGUGGAUAUAUUAUGUAGAAUUGUAGAUGGAACAUAAGGGCACUUCUUUUCUGGAAAGCUUCAAGUAACUUAUUCUACAAUGCAAAUACAUCAAUGUAGCUUGAUCAUUAUUAGUAACCAAGCAGGCAAGUAUGGUUGUGCGAUAAAUGAUAAAACAUCAGGUUGUCCCUAUCACACUAUUUGUAAGUUCGAUAGGGACUGCCUGAUGUUUUAUGAUUUAUCGCGCGACCAUGCUUGCCUGCCAGGAAAUAAUCACGAAGUUUAGCCCUAAUCCUUAUGUGUGCUCUAAGCAUUGUCUAAUACUUUCUUUAUAUCAGCUUGAUUAUAGAUUACAAGUAUAUGAAACAUAUACAGCAUUUGGCACAAAGGUGGCAUUUUUGAUUAACUUUAAUAACUAAGUGAAAGGGUGAUUACUCAUAAUUUAUUCGUCUUAAAACAAUUUAGUUGUAAAUAUUGUAAUAUAUGUUUAAGCAGUUAA